AUGGACGAAGGUUUCUCCAAAAGUUGGCACCAUACUCGUUAUCCUUUAGACUACAUCAAUCGCGAGAUGAAUGACAUUGUAGCAAAGAGGAACCAACACAAGUUAGAAUUAACAACUAUAUCAACCAACAUCGCCUUCAACACCAGUCAGCAUUACCUCAAACACCAGCCAACAUCGCCUUCAACACUAGCCAACAUUACCUCCAACACCAGUCAACAUCGCUUUCAACACCAGCCAACAUCACCUCCAACACCAGUCAACAUCGCCUUCAACACCAGUCAACAUCACCUCCAACACCAGUCAACAUUACCUCCAACACCAACCAACAUCACCUUCAACACCAGUAAACAUUACCUCCAACAUCAACUACCAUCACCUUCAACACCAGUCGAAAUUACCUCCAACACCAGCCAACAUCUUCCUCAACACCAGUCAACAUUACCUCCAACACAAGCCAACAUUACCUCCAACACCAACAAACAUCGCCUUCAACACCAACCAACAUCACCUCCAACUCCAGCCAAUAUUACCUCCAACACCAUUCAACAUCACUUCCAACACCAGUCAACAUUAUCAACAACACCAACCAACAUCACCUUCAACACCAGCAAACAUCGCCUUCAACACCAGCCAACAUCACCUCCAACACCACCAACAUUACCUCCAACACCACCCAACAUCACUUUCAACACAAGCCAACAUUACCUCCAACACCAAACAACAUCACCUUUAACACCAGCCAACAUCACCUCCAACAAAACCAACAUCACCUUCAACACCAGCCAACAUCGCCUUCAACACCAGCCAACAUUACCUCCAACACCAGCCAACAUAACUUCCAACACCAGCCAACAUAACUUCCAACACCAGCCAACAUUACCUCCAACACAAGCCAACAUCACCUCCAACACCAGUCAACAUUACCUCCAACACCAACACCAGCCAACAGUCGGCCGUUCAACACCAGCCAACAUUAUCUCCACACAAGCCAACAAUUACCUCGCAACACCAUUCAAACAUCCGCUCCAACACCAUUCAACAUUACCGCUCCAGCACAGUUCAUCACUUAACAACCAGCCAACAUCCGCCUUCAACACCAGCCAACAUUAUCCAAACACCAUUCAACAUCACCUCCAACACCAGUCAACUUUACCUCCAACGCCAGCCAACAUUACCUCUAACACCAGUCAACAUUACCUCCAACACCAGUCAACAUCACCUCCAACACAUGUCAACAUCACCUCCAACACCAGCCAACAUCGCUUUCAACACCAGUCAACAUUACCUCCAACACUAACCAACACCACCUUCAACACCAGUAAACAUUACUUCCAACACCACCAACAUUACCUCCAACACCAACCAAACAUCACCUUCAACACCAGCCAACAUCGCCUUCAACACCAGCCAACAUUACCAUUCACACACAACAUCACUCCAACAUCAGCCAACACGCCUUCAACCGCCAGGCCAACAUUACCUCCAACACAAGCUAACAUUACAUACAACACCAACCAAUAUCAGCUUCAACACCAACCAACAUCACCUCCAACACCAACCAACAUCACUUCAAGCACUAACCAACAUUCAACACCAACACACAGCAGCCAACAUGCCUUCAACGCCAGCCACAUUACCUCCAACCCAGCCAACAUUAUACAACACAGUCAACAUUACCUACCAACACCAUCAACAUCGCCUUCAACACCAGCCAACAUUACCUACACCAACCAACAUCACCUUCAACACCAGCUAACAUCACCUUCAAUACCAGCCAACAUCGCCUUCAACACCAGCCAACAUUACCUACAACACAAGCCAACAUUACCUCCAACACCAUUCAACAUAAUCUCCAACACAGUCACUCAUUACUCCAACACCAGUCAACAUUACCUCCAACACCAGUCAACAUUACCUCCAACACCAGUCAACAUGACCUUCAACAUCAGCCAGUAUCACCUUCAACACCAGCCAACAUCCCUUCAACUACCAGUCAACACAAGCCAACAUUACCUCCAGCACUAG